AUGAAAAAGGGACAACUGAUUAAUAAUCGAUAUGAAAUUACUCAUGAAAUUGUUGGAGAUGGUCAACACAGUAAAAAUUAUGUUUCGAUUGAUUUAUUUGAAGGAAAUAAUGUUAUACUCAAAAAGAUUCAAUCUGAAGAAGAGUGGGACAUCUGGAAUAAUAUUCGGAGAAUAAUGAAACAAAAACCAAAUAAAAAAAUUCUUCAAUUGUUUGACAGUUUUCAAUGGAACAAUUGUUUUUAUGUUGUAUCAGAAGAACUUUGUUAUAAUCUCAGAGAAUUAUUAGAUUCAGAUAGUAGUUAUGUACAACGUACAAUCCCAUCAUUAAUUCAUUGUUUUCAAUAUACGCUAAGGUAUUUGGAAGAAUUACAAAUCAUUCAUUGUGAUAUAAAACCAAGUAAUAUUAUGAUAAAUAACAGUGGUACAUAUAAAUUAAUUGAUUAUGGGAAUGCUCUUAUUGAUUAUCAUUCUUCUGGAAAAGGGUAUGUCCAAUCAAGAUGGUAUCGAGCACCUGAAGUUAUUCUAGGGUGUCAAUGGACAAAUAAAAUUGAUAUUUGGAGUGUUGGGUGUGUAUUAUUUGAAUGUAUUAUUGGAGAUGUAUUAUUUCCAGCAGACAAUGAUGUUGAUCAACUAAUGAUGAUGAGAGAAACCAUUGGAUUAUUUCCACCAUCUCUCCUACUUCGAGCAAGUCAAGAUAUUACUAAUAUUUUUACUUUAGAUGGCCAUUUUAUAGAAAAGUAUGAAGUGUUGAUAGAAGAAAGAAAUAUCAGGGAGUUACUAGGAAGUUGUGAAUAUAAUGAGAUGCUUUGUUUAGUUUUAGAAUUAGAACCUGAAAAUAGAAUGACUCCACUUGAAUUUUCUUCAAUAACAAUAAAAUAUGUUGAUCAGUAA